AAUUGGCAGGCCCAGCAGACCUCCUACGUCUUCCCAACCCCUUUGCCUGCUACAACAACCUGUGUGUACCUCAAAUACUUUCAAAUAAAUUUCUACUUUCAAAGGAGACUAUCAAAAAAUUCCGAGGUGUACACGCAGUUUAUCAACUGUAUUGGGGAUUUCAUUAAUACAUCAUGUUCUGGCAACAUUGUUAGAUUUCUCAUACACCACUCAAAAUAGUGCACCACGUACAGAAAAAGAACAAGGCAAACAAGAAAACUGCCCUCGUCGAUUCUCCAGCAUUCAGAAAUUUUCAGAUUCAUGGAUUUGUAGUAAGGCCAUAUACAUGGGAAUCUUCAAGGAGAAGAAAAAUUCACCUUCGCUAUCUACUUCGCCUUGCGCUCAACUCAGAGAGGCUUACCAUAAUUGCUUCAACAGGUGGUAUUCUGACAAAUUCUUGAAGGGGGAGUGGGAUAAAGAAGAGUGUGUUAUAGAGUGGAAGAAAUACAGAGACUGUCUAUCGCAAAAUCUGGAUGAUAGGCAUUUAAGUAGAUUCUUGGAAGUCGAUGGAAUUGUGGGUGGUGCUAACCUAAAUGAUUCUAAGAGUUCUACUGGUGUUCCCAAGUAACACACAAGUGAGCAUCUUGAAGUUCCAUGAAUAUGAAAGUUGAUUUAAAGAGAAAGUAUAAGUAGAAUGUUCCUGUAAUUGUAUUUGAUGUUAAGUUAAAGUGACGUCGGGAAAAAGUACUUUUACUCUUAUUGAAAGUCUUUCCUGAGUUUUGUAUGUAAACAUUUGAGUAGAACCAUGCUCUGCUAUGGAAAUUUUGACACUAGAUAGAAUUUUAAGCUAAAGAUUUUUAGACUA